AUGAGAACUCAUACAGGAGAGAAACCAUUUACUUGCUCUGUAUGUCAAAGAAGUUUUUCUGAUUCAAAUACUCUCAAACAUCACAUGAGAACUCAUACGGGAGAGAAACCAUAUACUUGCUCUACAUGUCAAAGUAGUUUUUCUCAAUCAACUCAUCUCAAAAUACACAUGAGAACUCAUACAGGAGAGAAACCAUAUACUUGCUCGUAUGUCAAAGAAGUUUUUUCUAGAUCAAGUGCUCUCAAAUACAUAGAACUCAUACACAAAACUAUCAUCAAGCUGUUUAGGACAACAUUAGCAAACAUUAACCAACUGGAUGUUGUCGAAGUGAAAAAAUCUGGAUAUCGCUGA